UGGUUUCUUUUUGCUUCUCUCUGAUCCCUUUUCCUUUGUCUUUCCUAAUUAGUUCUUCCUCCACCUUUAUAGGAAAACACUAAGCCAAUUCUCUUCCUUUUCUUAAUGAAUCCAAGUUAUCACUUAAACCCGCCUUCGACUUUUGUCGAUGAGCUUAACCUAGUUCAACCUUUAUCUGCUUCAUCAUCCUAUUCCUCGGGUUGCACUUUCUUCAGCUCAGGUCGUCAAGAUCUCGGUGGACCUUGCCACCAGGAAAUACAAUCCCCACAAUAUCGGCCAGAGGUUGCAUCGAAUAAUUAUGAGAGGGACACGACUUGUUUCAGUCCAUUUCAGAAAAAAGAAGAUAGGACUGAAGAUCAAGAGGAUCACGAUGAUCACAAUUCACAGAAGUGGCUGCCUUCAAAAAUAAGGAUCAUAAGGAAGAUGAUGAGCUCAAAUCAAGCCGGUGGAAAUCGUGUGGCUGUGAAUUCAGCUCACAAAUUCGAAGAUCAGAAGAAAAUUCCGUCGCCACCAGCAGUCGAAUCCGAUACAAGUACCAAAGGCAGCUCCUACAGAAACACCGACAGCACUGUUAGGGUUUGCUCUGAUUGCAACACAACCAAAACCCCGUUGUGGAGGAGCGGUCCUAGAGGUCCAAAGUCGCUAUGCAAUGCUUGUGGAAUUAGGCAAAGGAAGGCCCGACGAGCCUUGGCAGCAGCAGCAGCUGCAGUGGCAAAUGGUACAAUUAAUCCUCCAGCCACUCCAUCCAUUAAGAUCAAGGUGAAACGCAAAACUAAGAGACAGAAAAAUGACAGCAGCAAUGGUCCUCAGUUCAAGAAAGGAUGCAAGAACAAGCUGCCUCGAAAUUCUUCUCCAACCAAGAAGAUCAAUAAUUUUUGUUACGAGGAUUUCACUUCGAGGAUACUGAGCAAGCACUACUCAGCAUACCAAGGGGUGUUCCCUCAGGACGAGAGGGAAGCGGCGAUCCUCCUGAUGGCUCUAUCGUAUGGUCUUGUUCAUGGAUGAGGAAAUACAUACUUUGAAGUCGUUCCUCGGAUCAAUCGAUAUAAUUCAGGUUUCUAAUGGUCAUGUUUACCAUGUAAUACGUGUGGUUAAUAAUCCUCUUAGAUCAAGUUUCAAUAAUGAUCGAUUUCUUGUGUGAUUGAUGAGAUUCUAGGACAAACUUUUUCUCAAUAAUGUUUUAUUAGUUCCUCCCCGAUUGGCUAGUUGAGGUGUUUAGAACUAGGAUAAAAUGUGGCGAGUGAGCAUGUGAAUUGCUGCCUAGCUAAGAGCAGCUGGGCAACAAGUGGAUGUAUCACGUGGAGCCAUACAGAAUAAGAAGAUAGUAGAAUAGGACGCUAAGGAGUGAUGAGACGAUUGUACUUUUACGUCUAAUAUUAUACAAUUUUUGUCCAAGUUGAAUAAUAUAUAUAUGGUCCAGCGCUUGUCUCCUU